GGAGGGGGGGACCAGGAGGAAGGGGAGAGAUUAGGCAGCCAUCAAUCUUCUGCUGUUUCUCCCAGAACAGGUGAUGCUGCUAAAUUGUGAUCAGUUUCUGGAUGCAACGCUGCGACUGGAAGGAUGCGAGCGACCUAGGGCAGGGAGGCUGAGGCGGCAGAUCUGAAUUUGCCGAGGAUAAAACACCAAAUUUGACUACAUCAGUCUGCCACCUCGCGCGUGAAGCAAAGGACCCAUUAGCUUUUUUUUUUUUUUUUUUCCCAAGAGGGACUGAAACUUCAGCACUUGAUCCCUUUUCUUGGAUUGCUUUGGAAGGAGACGGUUUGGUGGCAGCGCUGGGAACAGUCAGGACUGUUUUGUUGUACUCUUAUUUUUAAAGUGACAGUAAAGGAUCAGACUUUUUAAAUGUUUGGGAUCCAAGAUACUUUAGGAAGAGGACCAGCUCUGAAAGAGAAAUCGCUGGGUGCUGAGAUGGAUUCGGUCAGGUCCUGGGUCCGGAAUGUCGGUGUGGUGGAUGCCAAUGUCGCGGCGCAGAGUGGGGUCGCCCUAUCCCGGGCCCACUUUGAGAAGCAGCCACCCUCCAACUUGAGGAAAUCAAACUUCUUUCACUUCGUGCUGGCGCUCUACGACAGGCAGGGGCAGCCGGUGGAGAUCGAGCGCACCGCUUUCGUGGACUUCGUGGAGAACGACAAAGAACAGGGCAACGAGAAGACCAACAACGGCACCCACUACAAGUUACAGCUUCUCUAUAGCAACGGCGUCCGCACGGAGCAGGACCUCUACGUUAGGCUCAUCGACUCAGUCACCAAGCAGCCCAUCGCCUAUGAGGGACAGAAUAAGAAUCCGGAAAUGUGCCGAGUUCUCCUUACGCACGAGGUGAUGUGCAGUCGAUGUUGUGAAAAGAAAAGUUGUGGAAACCGAAAUGAGACUCCUUCAGACCCUGUCAUCAUCGACAGAUUCUUUUUAAAAUUUUUUCUCAAGUGCAAUCAGAAUUGUUUGAAAACAGCAGGAAACCCAAGGGACAUGAGACGGUUUCAGGUUGUGUUGUCAACAACCGUGAAUGUGGAUGGACACGUGUUGGCAGUUUCUGACAACAUGUUUGUUCAUAACAACUCUAAGCAUGGACGGAGAGCAAGAAGACUUGACCCUUCAGAAGCUACCCCCUGCAUCAAAGCCAUUAGUCCAAGUGAAGGCUGGACCACAGGAGGAGCCAUGGUCAUCAUCAUUGGGGAUAACUUCUUUGAUGGUCUCCAAGUGGUGUUUGGGACCAUGCUGGUAUGGAGUGAGCUAAUCACCCCUCAUGCCAUCAGAGUGCAGACUCCUCCUCGGCACAUCCCUGGAGUGGUGGAAGUGACAUUAUCUUAUAAAUCGAAACAGUUCUGCAAAGGAGCCCCUGGGAGGUUCAUUUACACAGCAUUAAAUGAACCCACUAUAGACUAUGGCUUCCAGAGGCUGCAGAAAGUCAUCCCAAGGCAUCCUGGAGAUCCUGAGAGAUUAGCUAAGGAAAUGCUGCUGAAAAGAGCUGCAGAUCUAGUGGAAGCCCUCUAUGGCACACCACAUAAUAACCAGGACAUCAUUUUGAAGCGAGCUGCAGAUAUUGCUGAAGCCCUCUACAGUGUCCCCAGGAAUCCCAGCCAGAUCCCAGCUCUCUCCAGCUCUCCAGCUCACAGUGGCAUGAUGGGGAUCAAUUCUUAUGGCAGCCAGCUUGGGGUCAGCAUCUCAGAGUCAACCCAGGGAAAUAAUCAAGGAUACAUCCGCAAUACAAGCAGCAUCUCUCCACGGGGAUACUCUUCCAGCUCCACACCUCAGCAGUCUAAUUACAGCACCUCCAGUAACAGUAUGAAUGGCUACAGCAAUGUCCCCAUGGCCAACCUGGGUGUUCCGGGAUCACCAGGAUUUCUCAAUGGCUCACCCACAGGCUCCCCUUACGGAAUUAUGUCAUCAAGCCCCACCGUUGGAUCUUCUAGCACAUCCUCCAUCCUCCCGUUUUCCUCUUCGGUUUUUCCUGCUGUCAAACAGAAGAGUGCCUUUGCUCCUGUCAUCAGGCCCCAGGGCUCCCCUUCGCCAGCCUGCUCCAGUGGCAAUGGAAAUGGAUUCAGAGCCAUGACCGGCCUUGUCGUACCACCGAUGUAAAGAAGAGGAAGAACUGCUUUCUUAUAGCACAAAACUACUUAUUCUGAUGGACCAAUACUGAGUAAAGCACUAUGAGCUCUUUGGGAGAGCUGUGCCUCCAAAUGAACAUGACGAACAGAUUUGCGUAUGCAAGGAGCCUGCAUCUUACUUGGUCUCACCUUUCUCCCGUAGCUGUGAUGGUGACUACACAAACUGACCUUCUUGUGGACAAGGACAAAAGAUGUCGUUGACAUGGUCAGUGUGCUAAGAGCAGAAAUGCCAUUCUUUGUUAUGAACAUUAUGAAAACCACCUUCCUAUGUUUGUAAAAUAUUUAAGAAAAAAAAUUGGCAAACAAUUCAUGCUUAAUAUUUUGGAUACUAUUUGUUUUUCUUUGUAGGAAAAAAAAGUUGAAAGUUUCUAUUUUCUAUGAAGCCUUUCAGAUACCAAUUUAGUUUAUGCAGAAAAAAAAAAUUUGAACAAAACAGGGUACCAGCAUGGAAGACUUUCUUAAAACAAAACCUGAAUUGAAUGAUGAGAUGUCGUUGUGCGUGUUUGCUUAUAGUUUAAUCUCUUUAAAAAAAAAAAAAAACAAAAAAAGGGAAAAAUUUUAAAAUGUUUUACAAUUAUUUAAAUAAAUAAAUGUGUAACUUAUUGUAAGUAGAGGUAGAAAUUAAGACCUUUUUUGGAAGAGAGGGGAAUUUCUCUUCCUAAUGUUAAAUGAAAAUGAUGCAAACGUAGUAACAAGUUAAAAAGGUGUGUGAUUAUUACUGCAGUUAUUUACUAGACUCAUAUCCCCCAUUCUAAAUUCCCUUCUUUUUCCAUUAUUUUUUUGACUCAUGGGCAAGAACUUAAUCUAGAGUCCUGCAGAACAACCCAAUACGGAAACAAAAUCUCAACAUGCACAUACACUAAUAAUACUCAAACCCGUCAACUCAUUCCCAGCUCCAUCUGCUUUCUGAGGAGUCUACAUGGCCUUUUUGGUACUCACUCUUUGUGAAUAUAUUUUUUGAAAUUUAUAUUAGCUUUCAACAUUCUCCCCUAAGCAGUGCAGAAAAUUCCCAUGUUUUAGUGUGUCCCAGGCCUUUAGCAUCCCAGGGAAACAAGUGUCACCGCUUAAGGAAGACCCAAAGCCACAUAACAUACUGAACCAUGGGGCCCCUUUAGAAAUUUCCUUGCAGAGCUACCCACUCCCUCCUCUUUGGUUGCCUAUUUCAGCAUGAAGGUAUAAACCCCACAGAGCUGUAGAAACAGGGUUUGAAAAAGAUGACUUCGGCUCUUUCAGACUCUUAAGGAUCAAUCUUAGAAUGGCCAAGUCCUUUUCUCUCUCUGUAAAUUUCCCCUUUCAUGGCAUUAAACUCUCUUGGGGGGAAAAAAAGUAUCCAAUUAACAACUUGUUGGAGUGGGGUGUGAAGACAGGAAGAGGAAUGUUAAAAGCACUAAAUCACUCUCCUAAUGGUUAAAGAAAUGGAAAUCCAGAUUCUUGUUAGAUUCUAAGAUUAGGGGUUCUGUUCCAAGCAGCAUAGGUGUCCAGCCCUCAGAUGGGCUCCCGAGAGUUCUGUGACUAGCUCGUAGGGAGGAAAACCUUGCAGUAGCUUCUAACAGGGGCUGAUUCUUCCAGAGGUGUAUUUGAAAAUCUAUGUGAUCCUGGAGAUGCACUCAGGCUGAUUUGGAUUGCCAAUGAGGAUGGCAUAUUUUCCCAGGCCAGGGCUCUCCUUGUUGACUCAUUGGCACCACGAUAUAGACUACAUGGACUUCAGUUUGGGGUUCUUGGUGGGGUUCCAGCAUUAGAAAUUGAUGCAGCUCUUAUGGAAAACAUCUUUAGUGAUUCUGAGCCAAUGUUAGAUGACUUCAUAAAUUCUGCAUCCCUUUUCUUUUCCCGCUGGAUACAUCCCCACACCUACCCAACCCCCAACUGUCUUAUUUGCCUUUAAUCCAUUCUGAAAUUACCCAGUGUGACCCAAAUAUUAUUUCUAUGCACAUGAGAAUCCAAGGUUUUGGAAACCUGGCAUGCUUAUAACUACUGCUGACAAUCCCUCACAGUCAGGGUUUAAAGCGCCAAAAUACACGGAAACACAUGAGAGAAAGUUCCCCAGUGAAAAAUCUUAUGGGAGGGGAAUAGCAUGUGGAAUACAAACAUUACCGUCCAAAAAUGAAGGCAGAACAAAAUUAAGCAUGUUUAGACCUGGAUUUGAGCCAAUCCAACAUAAGGAAAUGUUUUUUUAAGUAGCAUUGCUUUUAGAAUCUGUGAAUUUUGCUCUUGCAUGAAGAUGAGUGCAGUACUGUCUUCAAAAUGAUCGUAGAAUUUGUUGGUAGCUUUACACCGAAAAAUGUGUGUAACUAAAUAACAGACAUCCUUGACAAUUCAGCUAGAACCUUGGCAGCAACAGAUGUAUUUAAUUGUACAAAUGUGUGUAAGGAUUAUUUUUAGUGUAAUAAUAAAUUAAAAACAAAGUUACUCUGUCCUCUUUAGUCAUUGCCGUUGAAUCAUCCCAGUCCCAGGUUAUUUUUUGUGCCACUUGGAAUAAAAAAAAAUAGGU